AUGAGAUUACUUAUGACAUCAUUUAUUCACAAGAAAGCAAAACAAGUUAAAAAGAAUCUUUUAGAUUCAACAUCAAUCAAGAAAUGGGAUUGUUUACAUGUUGAACAUGAUCACAUUGAUCAUCAAUUGGAUAUUAAACUAUUGAAUGCUAUUACAAGUAUAGUCAAUGAAUCUUAUUCAACUUCAACUACUUCUUCUUCAAUUUAUACUUCAAAUACUCAACAACAACAACAAUCAGAUCAUCAUCAUCAUCAUCAACAUCAACAUGAACAAAAAAGAAAUAGAUAUAUAUUAAAUUUAAUAGGUCAACAACAAUUCUUUCAACCAUUAUUACAAAAGAUUGAAUCAUUUAAAAAUCAACUUGAAUCAUUUGAAAAUUUGUAUGGUAAUGAUGGUAUGAUUGGUGAAGGUGACCUUUUAAAACCUGGUACAAACAAAAGAGCUGAACUUAACCCGACAAUCACUUACAAGACUGGAAAACAACUAUUACUUUCAAAUUUGGUGGUUGAUCAAUUGGUUUUAUUGGUAGAUUUGUUGUUGAUGGUUGAAUCAGAGAUUACAUCGGCUCAAGAUUAUUGGACAAAGAGAACCGACUCACGUUAUUGGUAUCUAUUUGAAAAAACUCCAUUCUUUUGGGUACAAUAUUACUAUAGUCUUUGGAAUAGUAAAUUAUCUUUUGAAAAGACUCUUCACAAAAGUAUUGGUUUCAAUUCUUCAAUUGUUACAUUUAAUCAAUACCAAAAAAAGGCAACCAACUAUAUUAAAAAAACUAUUUUUAAAAGAGAUGAUAACAACAACAACAAUACUCAACAACAACAAGAAUUAAAUGAUAAUCCAAGUGAUGAAGAAUUUAUUAGUGAUGAAGAAAAUAAUGAUAAUCAACAAAAUCAUAAUAAUAAUAAUAAUAAUAAUAAUAAUAACAAUCAAGAUAACACUUCAACUACAACAAAAAUUAAAAGAGAAUCAAUACUUCAUCCAAUUAAAGAAUUAACAAAAAGAAUUAAGACUCUUACUACAAUCUCUUCAAAUCUAUCAAUUGCCAUUGGAAGAUUAACUUAUUCAUUAAGUUUAUUUGAAAAUGGUGAAACCAAUAAUAAUACUAAUUCCAUUGGACUAUCAGAUUAUAUUAUUGAUACUUGUGAAUUAUUAUUUAAAGAUCAAGAUGAAAAUCAACAACAACAAGAAGAAGAAGAUUCAUUUGCAAAAUCAUAUCAAGAAUGGAAAAAGAAAUGUGAUUAUUCACAAUCUAGUAGCAUUGAUAAAUUAAAUGAAUCUUUAUUAGAAGAACAUCAAAAAGAUUUAUUUAAUCUAUUAAAAGAAAAUACAAUUUCAAUACAAUCAAUGGUGCUAAGAGGUCAAGAUGCAAUUAGAGAUGAAAGACCACCAAGUUGGAUGGUUCGUAAUUGGUCAAAGAUUUUAAUUGGCACUAGUUUGACUGUCUUUGGUGCUCGUUAUGCUUAUUCACAUCGUCAAGAAUUUAAAACGUCGGUCAUGGAAAACUAUCAAGCCUGGAGAAGAUUCUCAAGAGAACAUAUUGAAACUCCAUUGUUGAAUAUUUGGAAUGUCAUUCGAUAUGACCAGAAAUCAAUGAAUGUCACUGAUCCUGCGGCACUUCAAUCUUCACUAGACUCUCUUACUCGUAUGGUGACUGAUUUCUGCAAAGAGACACAAUCCAAUAUGAGUCAAGCCGAAAUUGAUUCGUUGGUACAUCGAGUAGCACUUGGAGACCUAAGUGACAUUAUGAAACCCUAUGAACUAAACAUUAGAGCUCCCAUAAAGUCUGCUCUCUUUGGUGACUUUUUGCGUUUGGCAUUGAUCCAAGUACAAAAGGAAAAGGUCGAUGUUGAUAGAGCCAUGUUGGCAAUUGACAAGUUGCUUCAAAGCAAUGAACUCAAUUUCCAAUUACUAGCUGCCAUUCCAUCGGUUCUCAUUGUUUGGACUGUUAUUUGGAAAAUCAAUGACUCUUUCUCUGUCAAGGAAUCAAAGAAUACAGUCAAUGCCCAAAAAUCAAUCCUAUCAACACUUCGUUCGAUUCAUCGUAGACUAACAAUCACCAAACAUACAAGUCUACCAGAUCAAAUUGUUCCCAUUACCACAAGAGUAGCUUCAACCUUUUAUCGAAUUAGUCUCUAUCAACCACCUUUGAUCAACGAUGAUGAAAAGACAUUAUUGGAACAACAAAAGAAACCAUUUGAAGAGUAUGGUCAAUUACUCAUUCUAAUCGAAAGAAUGAAACACUAUGCCAAACACCUAAACAACAACAAGAAUAGUCAAGAAAGAGAAUGGAUUCAUCAAGACCUUCAAGACCUAGAAUCCGAGCAUUUAGGAAACAAUGAAAAAUUAUUAACCAUUCAAAGAAUGUUUUCUACUUAUUCUUUUUUAAAAAAAUAA